AUGCAUAUACGAGUUUCAGAGAACCUACUACGACUUUUGAUUUUAUUUAUUUAUUUGACUCUGAAACAUUCAAUACUUUCGGCUUGUUGAAUUCAGCUGUUUUUCUUUUACCUUUCAAAAGAGGGGGUUUCGUCUUAUCGAGUUGGACUGUGACCAGGAUUAUGAAAUUGGGUUGAAUUUUUUGUAAUAUCAUCUCUAGAUCCAUUUGUUCUCUUGAUCCCCUGUUUAGAUUGAAACCCAUCUUCUCAAUUGCUUUUAUUUGAAGAGAUGGACAGAGAUGGUGUGAAUGACUGGAGAGCGAUGGUGAAGAAGAUGGGUGUUCCUAUUCCUGAAAACGAAUCUGAUCUUGAUUAUUCCAUUGCCAUGGAGUAUUCAGGACCUCCAGUAUCUUAUCAGCCUCCAAUAAUAGACCCUGUCCGAUUACCUGAUCAACGAUCGGAAUCUCAACAAUCAUCUUCCCCUUCCCUUUCGACAUCUCCAGUUUCUCUUCAUAAUCCGGAAGGAAAAGAAUUAAGGAGGGUUCCUGUGGUUACUUUUAACACAGUGGGUGUCUCUGAAAGGAAGGAAUUCGAAUUUGAGAAACAGAUUUUCCCAGAAUGUGUCGACAUUCAUAAGGAAAGGAAGAAGAGGAACAAGAGGAGAGUUUGUUACAGAUGUGGGAAAGGGAAAUGGGAGAGGAAGGAAUCGUGCUUCGUUUGCAAUGCUAAGUAUUGUAGCGGUUGCGUGCUAAGAGCGAUGGGAUCGAUGCCAGAAGGACGCAAAUGCGUGACUUGUAUUGGAGAAUCGAUAGAUGAAUCUAAGCGACCCAAAUUGGGUAAACACUCUAGAGUUUUGUCGAGAUUGCUCAGUCCUUUGGAAGUUAAGCAGAUAAUGAAAGCUGAGAAGGAAUGUAUUGCGAAUCAGCUUCGGGCUGAACAGUUAAUUGUGAAUGGUUUCCCUCUUAAGACUGAAGAGAUGGCUGAAUUAAUCGAGUGUCCUUUGCCUCCGAGAAAAUUGAAGCCAGGAAUUUAUUGGUAUGAUAAGGAAUCUGGAUUUUGGGGAAAGGGAGGAGAGAAACCUGAUCGAAUUGUAAGUUCAAACUUGAAUUUCACUGGAAAACUUGAUCCUCAUUCCAGCAAUGGCCAUACUGAAGUUUAUAUUAAUGGAAGGGAAAUUACUAAAGUUGAACUGAGAGUCUUAAAGCUCGCGAAUGUGCAAUGUCCACGUGACACUCAUUUCUGGGUGUACGACGAUGGAACAUAUGAGGAAGAAGGCCAAAACAAUAUUAGAGGGAACAUUUGGGAGAAGGCAUCUACUCGGCUUCUCUGUACAUUGUUAUCCUUGCCAGUGCCACGUGGCCAGCCUCGCGGUCAUAGAGACGAGCCAAGCAAUCACACCACAACUCCGAAUUACGAGCAGAAGAAAAUCCAGAAAUUUCUUUUGCUUGGGCUUGAAAAUUCAGGAACCAGCACUAUAUUCAAGCAGGCAAAGUUUUUGUAUGGAAACAAGUUCACUGCAGAAGAAUUGCUAGAGAUUAAGCUCAUGAUUCAGAGUAAUAUGUAUAGAUAUCUUAGCAUACUGCUAGAUGCACGUGAGAGGUUUGAAGAGGAGGCGUUAGAUUCUCAUGGAGAUUUUGAUUGCGUUUAUUCCCUUAACCCGAGGUUGAAGCAUUUCUCAGACUGGCUUUUAGAUAUUAUAGCAACAGGGGACCUGGACGCAUUUUUUCCAGCAGCCACACGAGAAUAUGCACCUCUAGUUGAAGAGGUGUGGAAGGAUCCCGCCAUUCAAGAAACAUGUAGAAGGAAAAAUGAGCUUCACUUUCUUCCAGAUGUUGCAGAAUACUUCUUAAGCAGGGCGAUUGAAAUAUCGAGUAAUGAAUACGAGCCUUCAGAACGAGAUAUACUAUAUGCAGAAGGUGUCACACAAGGGAAUGGUUUGGCUUUUAUGGAGUUUUCCCUAGAUGAUCGUAGCCCAAUGUCGGAAACUUACACUGGCAGCCUCGAAAACCAACCGCCACUAUUAAACAGGUACCAACUAAUAAGAUUGAACACCAAAGGAAUGAGCGAAGGAUGCAAGUGGGUAGAAAUGUUCGAAGAUGUCCGAGUGGUUAUCUUCUGCGUAUCUCUAAACGAUUACGAUCAAAUGUCACCUUCCCCUGAACCCUCCGGCAGUGGAUCCCUACUCCACAACAAGAUGAUUCAAAGUCGAGACUUAUUCGAGUCAAUGAUCACUCACCCGUGUUUCAAGAACACGCCUUUUGUCCUCGUACUAAACAAAUACGAUGUAUUCGAAGAAAAGGUUAGUCGGGUCCCACUAAGCUCUUGCGAGUGGUUCAAGGACUUCAGCCCGGUUACUACCCACCACAGCAACCAAUCGUUAGCUCACCAAGCUUACUAUUACAUCGCAAUGAAGUUUAAAGACCUUUACGCGUCGACGAUGGGUCGAAAGCUUUUCGUCUGGCAAGCUAGAGCUAGGGAAAGAGUGACUGUUGAUGAAGGGUUUAAGUAUGUAAGAGAGGUUCUUAAAUGGGAUGAAGAGAAGGAAGAUAACUAUGUAGUGCAAGAUGAUUCUUUCUAUAGUACAACUGAUGUGAGCUCUUCUCCAUUUGUUGUUAGGCAAGAGUAAAUGAGAAAAAAAAAAAUAGAAGAUUUAGAGUGGAUUAUUUGAUAUGUAGAUAAAGAAUGGGAGAGGAGAAGAUGGUGUUUGUGUUUGAAUAAGUAUUAGUUAUUCAAUUUUUUUUAUUUUAUUUUGUUGAGA